GGAUUGUAUUGUUUCACUCUCCACUUCCCGGGUUCUUCUGCUGGCUUCAGACCUGGUGGGCGCACCCUGAGGCAGAGGCGCCCACACACUCCACCCCGAAGUCCUGAGAAGGUUCUGAGUAGGAGAGCUCUCAUCUGAGUUCCUGCAUCGGUGUUAAGGGACUGGAGGAUACCGGUGGAGACUCAGAGUCCUUGUUCCCCGCCGCACCUCGACCCUUUGCAGGAGCGGGGCGCCCGGGUCUCCCAACCCCCCGCGAUGGCCACUGCCCGGCCGAGCCCCGCCAGGACCACGAGCGGACGCUGGAGCUCCGCUCUCUAGCCAGGCGCAGCGCCUCUUUACCCCGGGCCAGCGAUGGGGAGCAGCGGGUCGGCGCUGAGGGUCUGUGCGGACCACCGCGGGGGCAUCAAUUGGCUAAGCCUGAGCCCCGACGGGCAGCGCCUGCUGACCGGCAGCGAGGACGGCACGGCCCGCCUCUGGAGCACCGUGGACGGCCAGUGCUACGCGCUCCUGCAAGGACAUGAGAGCUAUGUGACCUUCUGUCAGCUGGAGGAUGAGGCCGCCUUCACUUGUAGCGCCGACUGCACCAUCCGGAGGUGGGACGUGAAGACCGGGCAGUGUCUGCAGGUGUACCGAGGGCACACAUCCAUCGUGAACAGGAUCCUAGUUGCCAGUGACCAGCUCUUCAGCAGCUCCUAUGACCGGACAGCUCGUGUGUGGACUGUGGACAACGGACAAGUGUCCCAAGAGUUCCGGGGCCACCGUAACUGUGUACUGACAAUAGCCUACUCUGCUCCCAAGGACCUUCCCAGAGAUCCCUGCUUGGAGGCAGCCAUGGGUGGCGGGCUCCUCGUGACUGGCAGCUCAGACGACACAGCCAAGGUGUGGCAGGUGGCCAGUGGCUGCUGCCACCAGACACUUCGGGGCCACACAGGUGCAGUGCUGUGCCUGGUGCUGGAUGUCUCCAGUCACACAGCCUUCACAGGUAGCACCGAUGCCACCGUUCGUGCUUGGGACAUCCUGAGUGGAGAACAGCUGCGGGUUUUCCGGGAGCACCAGGGCUCUGUCAUAUGUCUGGAGCUCACAGACCGGCUCCUGUACUCGGGCAGUGCAGACAGGACGGUCAAGUGCUGGCUGGCUGAUACCGGGGAGAGGGUACGCACCUUCCCGGCACAUAGACACAGUGUGAGUGCCCUCAAGUAUCACGCAGGCACCUUGUUCACAGGCAGUGGGGAUGCCUGCGCCCGGGCCUUUGAUGCCCAGUCAGGAGUGCUGCAGAGGGUGUUCCGAGGCCACACCUUCGUCAUCAACUGUCUCCAGGUCCACGGCCAGGUGCUCUACACAGCAUCUCAUGAUGGUGCUCUUCGCCUCUGGGAUGUACGUGGUCUCCAGUCGGUGCCACCUUUGCCACGAAGGCCAGCAGCCAAGCGCAGCCUGUCACGCCUCUUUAGCAACAAGGUGGCCUGUGCAGCUCCAGUGCCCCUACAGCCAGCCUGAGGGCCUGGAGAGGAAACGGUUGGACUGAGACCUGGCUUGUUUUACAGUGGCCUGCAGCAGGGCAUGCACCUGCCCUCAUGAUCUUUCCCACUGUGGAGGAAGAGAAGGUCCCUCUUGUCCUUGCUCUGAACCAAGGCCUUGCUACCUGGAUACUUCUAGCCAAGGCAGGGCCUCCAACUCUGAUAGCUGAACCCUGGGCUGCCAGGCUCUCUCAGCUGGGAGAAAAUGGUGACUUCUUACAAAAUCCACGGAGCUAGACUGUCAUACUGGCAAAUCAAGUGCCACGAGGACCCUCCUGAAGAAUCCAAAUACACUCUCUAAGUGCUUCAA